AGUGUUAUUUUUGUUGCCAACAAAAGUUGAUUGCGCGCGCGGGUGUUUUGUUUGGCAUUAGCUAACACUACUACUCACAGAUUGCUAUUGUUGUAGAAAUUUCGUUGCUAUUUGCUUAUGAUUUUCAACACUGUUCAAACAACAUUUCGUGUUGACGAAAGCAAAGAAGUGAAAAAGCAAACAACUUGAUAAAAUACUUAAGCACACACACACACAGGCACAGUCACACGCACACAGUCUGUUAUGCAUAUGUGUGUUUUGAUGUUUGAAUUACCAGUUAUAACACACAUACAUUUUUUUACGAUCUAUUACGAAACGUGCAACUAUUAAUCUUAAUAAAUACUAAUUGGAUACAAUACGCGCACACGAGCCACACGAUCAAUCCAAACAGAUCAACAAGCAGCAACAAUAACAACAACAACAGUUCAGCAGCCAAUUGAUGCGCAUCAUGCAGCUUGAACGGCACAGCGACGCCAGCGGCGACGUCGACAGCGCAGCUGGAAGCCAUAGAAAGGCGCAUCAAAAGCAGCAGGCGAUAGCCAAAAUGUGUUCCCGCAACAUAAAGAUCUCGGUGGUGCUGUUUCUUGUUUUGAUACCCAUAUUCACAGCGUUGCCACAUAAUCACAAUUUGUCGAAGCGCAGCAAUUUCUUCGACCUGGAAUGCAAGGGCAUCUUCAACAAGACCAUGUUCUUUCGCCUGGAUCGCAUCUGUGAGGAUUGCUAUCAACUGUUCCGUGAGACGAGUAUACAUCGACUAUGCAAGAAAGACUGCUUUGAUUCGAAAUGGUUUGGCGAAUGCGUGAAAGUCCUUUUAACACCCACAGAAGAGAUAACAAAUUUACAACAUUUUAUAAAAGUAGUUAAUGGCUCGCCCAUAUCAUUCAACAUGGCGCCUGGCCCAGCUACAUAACUCUUCUAAGUGGUUGGCUUUUGAACCACCACCACCACCAACAACAACAACUACAACUACAACAAUACCAACACCACCACCAGCAGCGAAAAAAACACCACCAGCGAAACACUCACACAUACUCACAUACACAUUCAUACAUCCACCCAUUCGCAGUUACACACAAACACACUCACACACUCUCGCAGAGAAAUGGAAGUUAGAAUCCAAAUGAUACCAGUUCGUAAUGGAACUGGAACUGGUACUGGAGCGAUCACAUCCGAAGUAACUCUGAAGCAGCAGCAUCAGUAGCAGCAGCAACAAUAAAAC